GUUGGCGAGAUUAAUUGUGAUGCUGAUUUAGGAACGCGAGGGUUUUCGUAGGAGUAGAUCGAGAGGGGACGAGGCGAAGAGAAGGCGAGGAGAAGCAGCGAUGGCUAUGACUCUGAUGAUGAGCAAGACGAGGGAUCUGCUCGAAGAUCUGGUAAAGGACUCCUCCUGGGCGCUCUCCCGCCGCACCUCUUUCCACAGCGACGACGACGAGUUCGGUGACUUCUCCCGCUCCCCCUCCGGCCACCGGACCGACUACAUCGCCGCGCUGUCUCCCAUCGCUAAUCUCGUCGUUGCUCGAUGCUCCCUAAUUCUGGGUGUUUCUGUAGAGGAUCUUCAGCGUAGCUUCGAUGAAGAGGCGCCUGAGACCGUGAAGGUCGCUGCUCAUUACGCGAGAAAUUUGAUCGAGUACUGUUGCUUCAGAACGAUCGAACUGUCCUCUCAAGUUGCAGGGCAUCUAUCUGAUAAGAGCUUUCGUCGCCUUACCUUUGAUAUGAUGCUGGCCUGGGAUUCUCCUUCUGUGGCAACACCUCCUGCUUCGCCGCUAGCUAAGGUUGAUAAGGAGAGAACAGUUGGGGCGGAUGCCUUUUCCCGGAUAGCGCCUGCGAUCCCCUCAAUUGCAGAUGUGGUGAGCUGUUCAAAUCUUUUCAAUGUUCUUACUGCAUCAACUGGAAGGAGACUUUCAUUUGCUAACUACGAGAAGUAUUUGAGCACUCUAAACAGAGCAAUAAAGAAAAUGAAGACUCAGUCGGAAUCUUCUUUCCUCGCAGACCUCCGAUUCCAUAGAGGAGAAAAGAUUCUUGAUAUGGAUGGAACUCUGACCACACAACCUGUCCUUGAGCAUCUAGGAAUUUCUACAUGGCCUGGACGAUUGACACUGACGGAUCAUGCUCUCUACUUUGAAGCUUUAAAAGUUGUGACUUAUGAUAAGCCGAAGAUAUAUGACCUUGCCGAUGAUCUAAAACAGUCCAUCAAGCCUGAAUUAACUGGUCCUUGGGGUUCUCGCCUUUUUGACAAGGCAGUCAUGUACAAAUCCACAGCACUAUCAGAACCUGUGUUUAUGGAGUUUCCUGAACUUAAAGGUCAUUCUCGUCGUGAUUAUUGGCUAGCAAUUAUGCAAGAAGUUCUUUACGUGCAUAGGUUUAUUAGAAAAUUUCAGAUAGAGGGUGUGCAGAAGGAAGAGACGCUUUCAAGGGCUGUCAUGGGCAUUAUGAGAUUGCAGACUCUUCUAGAGUUGGUUCCUUCUGAGGUGAUUAGGUAUGAGUCACUUUUGACAUUCAACUUGUGUGAUCAGCUUCCUGGAGGUGAUCGUAUACUGGAAGCACUGGCUAGUAUGAUGGCAUCAAAAGGGUCAGAACACACUAAUAGAUCCACUUCUGGGACUGGAAGUCCAAGUUACUCUGUUUCUGCUAUGGGCAUCUUGUCAAACUUAGGGGUUGUGUCACCAGUCUCGACUGGUGAAAGACUUUGUAUUGGAAAAUUAAUUGUAGGGGAAAUGACACCCUUGGAAAAGGCAGUUACAGAGUGCGCAACUAAUUUCAAGAAGAUAGAACAAGCACAGGCUGCAGUUGGCGUGGUUAAAGUAGAUGGGCUUGAUACCAAUUUGGCUCUAAUGAAGGAAUUGCUACACCCGUUUACUCAAAUUGGAAAUUUCCUCAUGUCUGUGGCAAAUUGGGACAAUCCUGUCAAGUCAUCUGUAUUUUGUUGCGCAUCUUUUUAUGUUAUUCUUAGGGGGUGGCUUGGUUAUGGACUUGUUGCACUUCUUCUCUUUGUUGCAAUGUUUAUACUGCUAACUCGACUUAUCAAUCAAGGAAGACCAGUUGAUCAGGUCAAGGUGAUUGCUCCUCCAUCUAUGAAUACAAUGGAACAGCUCCUCGCAGUUCAAAAUGCAAUUUCUCAAGUUGAAGAGCUUGUUAAGAAUGGGAAUAUUGUUCUCCUUAAAUUACGGUCACUGUUGUUUGCUGUUCCUUCACAGGCUACUAUUAACAGUGCUUUAUUGGCACUCGUUGUGAUGGCUCUGGCUGUGACCUUUUUACCGGCUAAGUGGAUAUUUUUCUUGAUGUUUCUGGAGAUAUUCACAAUGCAUUCCCCACCGAGAAGGGAAGCUACAGAGCGAGCAGCUAGGAGAUUAAGAGAGUGGUGGUUCAGCAUACCAGCAGCUCCUGUUCUUGUUGAAAGGAAUAAUGAAGAGGGGAUGUAAAUAUGUAUGUGAUCUCUAAACUGUCCAUAUAAAUAAGUUCAUACUAUUCCAGCAGAAGAGAAAAUGUAACUGGCUGUUGAAACAAUUACUUCUCUGGUGCUAGUUCACUAAAAAGAUAGACUUUAGAUGCGAUA